AUCCAGUAUAGGUUGGUCGGCUUAACCAUUCAACUUGUCAGUUGGUUGAGAGACGUUACGAAAGGAACUCGCAACUGUUUUGAGAGUUGUUGCGAUCACGCGUGUGUGAGUUUCUUCGCGAUAAUAAUUUUUUUUUUGGUUUGAAAUUGCUCGCGUCUGUUAAAACAAUUGAAAAAUUUGAAGAAAAAAAAAAGUUUGUGCUCAUGAGGAACAACACAAGUGGAAAAGUAAAUUAACGAACACAAUAACAAAGAAGAAAGACAAUAUUAUCACAUCGUGUUCAGGAUGACGACACACAAAUUAAUAAUUUUGUUUUGCAUCUAUUAUCUAGUCACAAUCGCAACAUGUUCGCAUUCAUCAACAACACCAAACGAUUUGAAAUCACGCGCCAGAUUUGCCCUACAAUUGGAGCGACCAAAUUCAUUUCCCUGCAAGCCAGCAGAACAAUCGGCCUGUCCGCCCAGCAAAUUCCGUGCACCGACUGCUGAAUGCAACAACAUCAUCAACCGACAUUGGGGCGCUCGCGGAGACAUACUACUCCGAUUACUUCCAGCCAAUUAUGCGGAUAAGCACAGCCAGCCCAGAUCGUCGAUUGGAUCGCAUGCACUACCCGAACCGGAUACAAUUGUUGAGUCUCUGCAGAAGACCAUCAAUCCGAAACUACAGCAUCCGCACAUCACAGCAUUGUUGCCAGCAUGGGGUCAAUUGUUGUCAUACGAUUUGGUGCAGAUAACGUCACCGUUCUCGAAAAUCAAAUGCUGCAAAAAUGACACAUCUACUGCGACAUCAACGGAAGAAAUUGAUCAAUGCUAUGUCCGAGCAGCGCCAGAUUGCAAAGAAUAUAAGCGAUCGACACCGUCGCACGAGGUCGGUAGCUGUGAUUUUAAUGAACGCAAUCAAAUGAACGCUGCUUCCGGUUUCAUUGAUGGUUCUAGCUUGUACGGAACGACGGAAAAAGAUUUCCAGGCUAUUCGAACCUAUCGCUAUGGCAAAAUCGAAUUGAAGGCCUGUCCCAGAUGCAAUGAACCGGGAUCUGUUGGCGCUUUGCACACCGUUCUCUUGAAAGAACAUAAUCGUAUCGCCGAUGCGUUGGCAAAAUUGAAUCCGACCUGGAGCGACGAUGCACUGUUUUUGGAAACUCGACGUGCCGUUACUGCUCAAAUUCAACACAUCACCUACAAUGAAUUUUUGCCAAUCAUUCUCGGUCAGCAAAUCACAAACAAAGAUAGCUUGAAGAUGGUAUUCGGUAAACACUACCACGGAUACUCCAGUGCAGUUCGAUCAGGAGUCUAUAACGAAAUAGCUGUCGGAGCGUUGCCAGCUUUCCUCACAAUGCUUCCCGUCGAAAUGAUGAAUGAAUCAGUCUCGGCCGAAGUACUAAUCAACACACCAGCCCUACAAAAAACCUAUCUACCAGUUGAUCGUGAGUACAACGAUGAUUGGACACCAAUUGCUCUUGCCAUCCAGCGAGGACGUGAUCAUGGUAUCCCAGCCUAUCACCAAGCAGUCAAUUUGUGCGAAGCUCGAUUAGGAUUGGCUCAAGGUCAACCAAUCUCAUUUGAUGACAUCCAAAGUGUUUCCGGCUUUUCACCUGAAAGUAGACGCACCCUUGAGGGUAUUUACAUGAACGCUGGAGAUGUUGAUAUGAUUGCUGGCGCUAUGUUGGAGAAACCGGCAUUAGGAACCGUAUUCGGCCCAACACUGUCUUGUUUGCUGUCACUGCAAUUUGCCAAUUUACGUAUUGGAGAUCGAUUCUGGUACGAGAAUGAUAUUCCUCCAUCCUCAUUGUCAUUGGAACAACUUCAAGCUAUUCGAAGAAGUUCACUGUCUGGUAUGAUGUGCGCAGCUGGAGUUGUUACAAAGGUUCAGCCAAAGGCAUUCAUCCGGGAAGAUCCAUACUUGAAUUUCCGACAAACCUGCGACCAAAUAACCGGUCUCGAUUUGACCAGUUGGAAGUCUGAAGAUGACUCCGCAUCAACGGAGAACCUUGAUGAUAUCGAACCGAUUACUACACCUGCACCGUUUUUGGAUGAAUUAAAUCCGGAUUUAAUUAGCGCAGCAGUUGAACGUGCGAAGGAAGGCUUAUCGGAGCGAAGACGUUUUGAAUACGAGACGUGGUUGGCCCGUGGUGGAGUAGAUGCUCGGUCUCCAGAUGGAACAGCUGCUUCAUUUAGCAAAGCAAAUCGUAACGCCCUUCACCUUGCAAACUCGUCGCUGUUCUAUGAAUUGGCUUCGAAUGAAAUAUUGAAUACUCUCCACUCUAUCCAUCGUCGUAAGCGUCAAACAUUCGGAGACAGUUUCGGCGGAUUCCGUGACGACUUUGCGAACAGUCUACAAACUAUCGACGUAAACUCCUUGCUCACAGGAUCCAUUUCUCCCGUUACUCUGGAGCCUCAAUGCGAAGACUUUACUAUUCCGUGCGAUGCAUCAUCACCAUUCCGAUCAUUGUCCGGUCAUUGCAAUAACCUACGAAAUCCAGAACUCGGAAAAUCACUGACGACAUUCGCUCGUUUACUACCACCAGUCUACGAAGACGGUGUUUCCAGACCUCGACAAACUUCCGUUACCGGAUCACCGCUUCCCAAUCCACGAACCAUUUCCGCAUUAAUUCAUCCAGAUAUCUCAAAUCUGCACACACGUUACGCCUUGGUUGUCAUGCAGUACGCUCAAUUCUUGGAUCACGAUUUGACCAUGACACCCAUCCACAAAGGUUUCCAGGAAUCCAUUCCGGCUUGCCGUCCGUGCGAUUCACCACGAACUGUUCACCCCGAAUGUAAUCCCAUUCCAAUACCGCCCGGUGAUCACUACUAUCCGGAAAUCAAUGUCACCAGCGGUGAGCGAUUAUGUUUCCCCUUCAUGAGAUCUCUACCUGGACAACAAUCACUCGGACCACGUGAACAAAUCAAUCAGAAUACGGCAUUUUUGGAUGCAUCUCAGAUUUACGGUGAAAACAGUUGCGUCUGCACAAAGUUGAAAGGCUUUGCUGGACGAAUGAACUCAACCAUACAUCCGAUUCGCGGCAAAGAGUUACUUCCACAAAGUCCACAUCAUCCAGAAUGCAAAUCUCCAAGUGGACAAUGUUUCAUUGCUGGCGACGGUCGCGCUUCUGAACAACCUGGACUUACUGCCAUUCACACAACAUUCAUGCGAGAGCAUAAUCGUAUUGUUGAAGGACUACGCGGAGUGAAUCCUCACUGGAACCAAGAACAGCUCUUCAAUCAUGCCCGACGAAUUGUGAUCGCACAAAAUCAACACUUAACCUACAACGAAUUCCUACCUCGCAUCCUCAGUUGGAACGCAGUCAAUUUGUAUGGACUGAAGUUGUUACCGCAAGGAUACUACAAAGAAUACAAUCCUAACUGCAAUCCUGGAAUCGUCACCGAAUUUGCUGCAGCCGCUUUCCGUAUCGGUCAUUCGCUUUUGCGACCUCACAUUCCUCGAUUGAGUAUCAAUCAUCAACCGAUUGAUCCACCUCUACUCCUUCGUGAUGGUUUCUUCAAAAUGGAUGCUUUACUCGCACCGGGUAUGAUGGACGAAAUUAUGCGCGGUCUAGUCGCAACACCAAUGGAAACACUCGAUCAAUUUAUCACCGGUGAAGUUACGAAUCAUUUGUUCGAAGAUCGUCGCAUUCCCUUCUCCGGUAUCGAUUUGGUUUCGUUGAACAUACAACGAGCACGUGAUCACGGCAUCCCAUCAUACAAUAACUAUCGUGCAUUGUGUAACCUGAAACGAGCUCAGACAUGGGAAGAUUUAAGCAGAGAAAUUCCACCAGAAGUUAUUACUCGCUUCAAACGGAUCUAUGCUUCUCCAGAUGAUAUCGACUUGUUCCCGGGAGGUAUGUCCGAACGACCACUCCAGGGCGGUUUGGUCGGGCCAACAUUUGCUUGCAUCAUUGGUAUUCAAUUCAGACAGUUACGGAAAUGCGAUCGAUUCUGGUAUGAAACUGAUGAUCCAAGCCUUCGAUUCACUGAAGCUCAAUUGAACGAAAUUCGUAAGACAACUUUGUCGAAGAUCAUUUGCGAAAAUAUGGAAAUUACCGGUGAUAUGCAACGAGCUGCAUUCGAUCUGCCCAGCAACUUCUUGAAUCCGAGAGUUCCCUGUCACACGAUGCCACAAAUUGACUUAAGUGCAUGGAGAGAAAAUGUCGUGGUUGGUUGUCAGAUCGGUGGACGUCAAGUCGGCGUUGGACAGUCUGCAUUCCCCUCACCAUGUACAAGUUGCAUUUGUACGAAUGAAGGCACCCAAUGUGCGUCACUUCGUAUCACCGACUGUAAUCAACUAGCAAGAGAAUGGUCGAGAGAAGCCAUUUUAGCCGAUGAUGUCUGUAGUGCACAGUGUGGUUUCCAACUUCAAGGCCAAGCACCUGGCAUUCCCGGCCUAUCGCCACCACCAUCGAGAACCGUUCGAUCGCGGACAUUCAAUCCAUCAUUUUCAGUUCCAGACUUUUCGUUUCCAGAUUUAACACAAUUCAUCGGUUAGACGUGUUUGUGGAGUGGACCAACCAAAUGAUUAAUUGUUUUAGAUUAAGAGAAGGAAGGAAAUGCACUUUUUAUUACCAUUUGCAUGUUUUUUGUCGGUGUAUAGUGAAGACGCACUCAAAAUUCUAAGUUUAGUUAAGGAAGUCGAUUGGCUUCUGUAAGCGUUUUUAAGUCUGCGUGGAUGAGUAACCGCCAUAUUUUGCUACAAAAUAAUUAUUUUAGUUGAUUUUUUUACUCUGUGUUUACCUGUUAAAGUGUAGCACUAAAUGAAAUCGAUAGAUUUGUACAUAAAAAGAAGAAGAAAAAAAAAUGAUGAAAAAAUCGAAAAUAUUUUUUAAGAGAAGUGGAUAUAGGACCUUGACGGAAAUAGAUUGAAGCCAGUACACAUUUUACACGGUUAAUAUCUAUCGUUUCUUACUAUAAAUGAAUAUCGAUAAAUAGAAAAUAUUUUUACAAAAUAUAAAAAACGAGAGAACUCAAAUGGAACUCAGAACACAAAAUUAAUUUGUUUAAGAAUUUGUUACAUUUUUUAAUU